AUGUCCGCAAGUCCCGCAGACCGACCGGUUCCUCCUAAGGAAACCGGUUCUUCUUUACCAGACCCUAUUCUUCUUGAAACUAAACCUACCGACUCUAAGCCCAUUGAGUCAACAAAAAAGCCUGCGGCUGAAAAAAAAACAUCAACCGCAACUUCCUUGCCUGAACUCAACCCAGACUAUGUCAUUGAAGUCAAAGUCUCAACCGACCCUAAAGAUAACCAACUUAACGAGUCUACUCUUGAAAAACUUGUAUCUCUUCUUAUUACUUCUGGAUUUUAUGUUCAGAUCCGUCAGGGAAACCCGGGCUCUGUGUUUGUCUUCAUCAAAACUACCUUUGACCUUCUCAGAACCCUCCACAUCAAUGCUGGUAUUCAAGAUUACCAAGUCGGUGUUCAACGACUUAUCCCAAAAGGAGAUGACUUGUCCAUUGAAAGUCUUGAUUCUAAAAUUUCUCCAGCUGAAAAGCUUCGCUUGGUUUACGAGUUUUUGACUUCCCCUAAGUACGAAAAGGGUCUUGGAAUCACUCCAGCCCUUGGUGAAUGGUCCUUUGUCACUUCCAUCUUCCCUCUUACCGAUCAUGACCUCAAUGCCGAAUGGUUCAAGCGUUGGAAGGCCCGCCCAUACAUUGACGACCAGGAAAUUGAUUUCUUGCGUUCUCAUUUUGGCGAAAAGGUGGCCUUCUACUUUGCCUAUCUCCACUUUUAUACUAGCUUUCUUUUUGUUCCUGCCAUUUUAGGCUUCUUCAUGCACUUCUUUAUCGGCUGCUAUACCGUCUUCUUUGGGCUCUUCAACAUCGUCUGGGGGGUUCUCUUCAUUCAUCUUUGGAAACGCAAGGAAAACCUCCUGGCUCUUCGCUGGGGUGUCAAGGGCUCCUCUGCGCAUACUACGCCUCGCUCUGCUUUCAAACCCAAUGCAUUUGAAAUGGACAAAAUCACAGGUGUUAUCACCCCCACUUAUUCAUACUGGCGUAGAGUUGCAAAACAGCUUGUCUCGGUCCCCCUCAUUCUCGGUGCAGUUGCCGUCAUCUUCUUGCUUCAAUCUCUUGCUCUCGUCAUUGAAAUCUUUAUUGUUCAGGUCUACCAUGGACCUCUUAAACCCGUCCUUAAACUUAUCCCUACCGUUGUUCUUGCUGCAAUUGUCCCCACAGUCGUUGCUAUUUACCGCUUGAUUAUUCUCAAAAUCAUUGGUUGGGAAAACCACGAGACUGAUGAUUCCUUUGAUUAUUCCUUUAACCAAAAGCUCUUUUCAGUUUCUUUCAUCACAUCUACUGGGUCCAUGUUCUUGACUGCUUUCGUCUACCUUCCCUUUGGCCAUUUGAUUAUUCCUCACCUUGACUUUGUCUCGACCUCUGUUAAUACUUUUAUCGGCAGAGACAUUGCCAGCGGUGCCAAUUAUCAAGUCAAUGGUAAUCGUCUUGAAGCCCAGGUCCUUUACAUGAUGGUCACUGCCCAGAUCAUUAGUACUUUUACUGAAAAUGUCUUGCCUUAUUUCCAAGUAAAGGCUUUGGACAAGGUUGACCAGUUUCUUUCCAAAGGAACCCCCACUUUUGAAGACACACCUGAAGAAUCCAAGUACCUUGAACAAGUCCGUGCUAGCUCAAAACUCCCUGAGUUUAGCGUUGAUGCUGAAUACCAGGAAAUGGUCCUCCAGUUCUCCUUUGUCAAUAUCUUUGGUGUUGCCUGGUCUUUGGCCCCUUUUGCUGGUCUUUUGAACAACUGGUUUGAACUCCGUGGUGAUGCCGCAAAAAUCGUCUACUUUACCCGCCGCCCAAUCCCCAAGCGUACCGACUCUAUCGGCUCUUGGGGCUCGGAUUUGCGCUACGUGACUUGGAUUGGAACAGUUGUGACCACCUCUCUGGUCAUCAUGUACGGACCCACCUACCAAAAGUUUGCAGACCUUUCUAAGGGUGGUUUUGGUCUUGUCAAUGUUGACCCACGCAUCUUGCUUGCUGCUCUUAUCUUUGCCGAACACUUUUACUUCAUCUUGAACCGCAUUGUGGCUCUUGUUCUGUCCAAGUUCCCUACCCCAGAAGAACUCGAGGACCAAAAGGAACAAUAUCUCAUCCGUAAAGACUUUGUGGCCCUGCAACUCGCCAACGCUCCAGAGCUUUCUACUCUUGAAAAACGCGAGUCUACUCCUACAGAUGAUGAGCUUGUCUGGAAGGCCAUUUCUAAUCCCAAGGCCCAGGCCAUAGCCGCCAUUAAAGCUACUGUUGAGUCCUACAUUGCAAAAACUACCGAAGCAAAGAAAAACAAUUAA